AUGUCUCAAACAGAUUGUAAAUUUUACAAUGAUUAAUACAGAAACAGAAUCCAACUUUAUGAAGAGGAGAAUAAGCUAUUUUAAAAUAUGCCUUAUAAAUGUGAUGACUCCAUUGUAGAAUAAGAGCCUAUUUCUUAGAUCAGUAGAUUUGAAUAAAAUAGGUACGAAGAAAUGCAAAUGAACACACAGAAGGGAAAAGUUAAUUUUUUAGAUGAGGAUAAUCAAAAAAAUGGAUAAGAUAAAUCCAACUAAAAAUUAGGAAAAAAAUUAGAUAAUAAGACUUUUUAGACUUAAAGAACUCGCCAACGAUCAUCACCUAAUAAUAUAAAUAAUAUGAUUACAUAAUACUAAGAUUAAAGUUUAGCAAAUACCAUAAACCUAGACGAUGAUGAUGAAGAAUAAAAAGCUUAACCUAUCAAGCUUAUUAAAGCUUUAAAACUUUUAGUGAAUAUUUAGCAUUUUUAUAGAGUUCUCACAAGUAAUGUAAGAGUUUUGAAUAAACUAACUCAUAAGUAGCACUAGUUGAUUGGAGAUAUUUCAAGCUUUUACUCAAAAUCCUACUAGAAAGAUAAGGACAAAUAUUAUUUUAUAAUAGGAAGACUCUGGGCUAAUCUUACUUAAAAAAUUGAAAAUAUUUACAUUCCUGUAUUUCAGCCUUCUAAUAAGCUAAUAAAAGCAUGGGAUAGCUUUUUAUCGCUAUUAAUUAUGCUAUUUACUUUGUUAUUAAAUUUGCAGCUAUUUUUUGGAAUGAAUAUUAGUAACUUCUACUUGCUGUAUAAUGUCUUGAUAAUUUUUUCUAUAAUUGAUAUUAUCGUAGAAUUAAAUACUGGUGUGGUUCAAAAAGGAAAUGUCAUUAAUGAUAGAUAGUUUAUAUUCAAAUCUUAUUUAAAAAAUAUAUUUAUUUUUGACUUAUUUGGAAAUUUUUCAUUACUUUUAUUUAUUAUUGAAUCUGAAAGCUCUGGUUAAUUAGAGCUUCUAAUUAAUAUUUUGUUUCUUUUCAAAUGGGUAAAAAUCACUAAAAUUUUAAAAGAGGCAACGUAUUAUUUCAGCUAUGAAAAAAAUCAUAAAAACUUAGUAGAUCUCUUAAAACUUCUCUUUUUUGUUAUUGGUAUUUGCCACAUUUUCUGCCUUUUUUGGCAUGGAUUAGGCUAAUUAUCAAUUAACAGAGGUGAAACUGAUAACUGGAUACAAAGCAAAAAUUUAGUUGAUGCAAACACCUUCGAAAGAUAUAUAUAUUCUUUCUACUUUUUAGCAGUAACUAUGGCCACUGUUGGGUAUGGUGAUAUAACUCCUUAAAACGAUAUGGAAGUAUUAUUUACUGCAAUCACUAUAUUUGUCACAUGUAUAGUAUAUGCAUUUAGCAUAAAUACAAUAGGUAGCAUCAUAGAAAAUAUUGAAAAGAAGGAUAAAAAAUACAAAGAAAACCUUCAAAUAAUACAUGGUGUUAUGAGAGAAGAAAAUGUCUCAAGAGAAUUAAAAAUAAAAAUUUCUAAUUACGUCGAAUACCUCUACAAAGAAUCUAACGAAAUUCAAAAGAAAUAAGAAAACCUGAUUAUAAAUAAAUUAUCAGCUAAGUUAAGGAAUGAUCUUACUUUGGAAAUAUAGGGAAAAUAUCUGAAUAAUAUUCCGUUAUUUAAAAAUAUCAAAGAAAAAGAUAAAGUUACAAGUAUUAUGGAAGAGUAAUUGUAUUCUCCUGGAGAAAUUAUAUUUAAAUAAGAAGAAUUGGACGAUUGUUCUAUUUACUAUAUAGUGAAAGGUUCUGUAGCAAUACUUUAUCAUUAAAGUAAUAAAAACAGGGAGGAACUAAUUAUUGCUAUCAAGGGAAAAUCAGAAUACUUUGGAGAGCAUUCUUUUAUUAAUGGAAAAUCCAGGUCACUUACUGCUAAAGCUACAGAUUUUUGUAGAAUAUACAAAAUAAGCAGGUAAGGAUUUUAAUAGGCUAUAAAAUAAUAUGAAUAUGAGUUUGAAAACUUUCAAAUGACAUAGGAAGCCAUUUUAUUUAAUAAUAAUUAUAAACUAUGCUCUUUUACUUGCUCUAUAUGCAAUUCUUCAAAUCAUAUACCAAUGAACUGUCCAAAAACUCAUUUAGUUCUCACUAAAUAAGUUGUUAUUUCACGCUAUAACUAAUGGAAUCCUCAUUUACAGAGAGAAAAGUUUUAUAGAAAAUAAAAAAAAACCCAUGUUUUAAAUCAAAUUUAAUUACUUUAAUAGGCAGUUGAAGAAAUUAAUUGCCAUGAGUCUUUAUUUGAUAUUUUAGAUUAGUUAGAAAUAGGACUUGGUAUAAGUUAUAUGCAUAUAGAUUCUCAAUAAGCUUCUUAAUCAUUAAAUUCCUUAACAAAAUUGGAAGAGAAAGUUGAUCCAUAAAAAAAAUAAGAGACAAAUAAUUAAGAUAACUCAUAAAUGAAUUUUAAGUCUUAAAUUUAUUAUGAAUCUGAUAGCUCUAAUAAUAUAGAUUAAUCAAAAUAGGCUUCUAACUCAGUUGGAUAUAAUAAAGAAAAAACUUCUUCAAGCUUUUUGCAGAAGAAUCUAGACUCAAAUUUUAGCUAAUAAUAGAAAACAAAAAGAUCGUUUCAGCCUACUUAAUAAAGCUUUUAGAAUAGUGAAUCUGAAAUAAAAUAGAAUGAUUUUUCUUCAUCUUAAUCUUUAGAUGAUUAGACUCUUACUUCUUUUUCAAAUAAAGAUACAUAUUCUAGAGAUUAUGAGCAAUUAAAAUAAGUUAUGAUUUAAAUUGAAAAUGGAUAACGAUAAUUAGAUUAUGAACAGAAUUCUUUUUAAAAAGGUUAAGAUAAAUUGUAAGAAUAGCAAAAUUAACAAAAAAUUAUUCCAACCAUAAAUUAUCCAACAAAUAAUAAAUCAACUUAAGAAUAUAAAUAAAAAUUAAAAUCUAAGUUAGCUUAAGAAACAGAAACAUUUGAAGAAAGAAACCAAUUGGAUUAGAAGCAACAAAUAGAAUAACUUUUAUCUGAAUAAGUAGAAUAGCCAAAUUUACAAAUAAUAAGAAGUAGAAACAGCUUUAAAACUGCUUUAAAUUAGCAGAAUUAAGAACAAAUUAAAGAAAAUUAGAAUAUAUAAAAUGGUAAUAGAAGAGAAAGUAUAUUUGCUGAUAAUUAGCAUAGAGAAAAGCUAUUUCCAAGCUAAUAAAUGUACAAUGCUCUAAAUUUAAGAGAGAGAAGAAGAAGAAAUUAAAUUGAUGUUGUCCAGAAUUCAAUUUAUGCAUUUAUCAGCCAAUAAAGUUAAAAACAAAAUUAAGGAAAAAAAUUUAUAAUUGAUGAGAACCUUUAAGAUUAAAAGCCCAAGAAAAAAUUUUCAAUUAAGAACUUUCAAAAUAAUAUGAACUUAGAGAACUUUUCAAAAAAGCCAAGAUCAUAGAUUGAACAGAUUCUAACUAAUGAAUAUGUUUCAUCUCUUUAGAAUGCCACUGAAAGAGGUACUUUUCCUGAUAAAAAAAUGAUUAGUGCUUUUGAAGAAAAAAUACAAGGAAUUUUAGAACCACCUGAUCAAGUUAAUUACAGAAUGCUUUAAAUAUUUGAUAAAGCUAAAAUAUUUAAAUUUUACCAUCCCUCCUAUAAUUAUCUAGAAAUUGUUAAAAAAUGGAUUAAAUUUUAAGAAAAACAUUAAAAUAAAUACGCAAAUUUAAGUUAGAAAAGAAGCAGAUUUAACAGCAAGUCUAAAAAAUUUAAUCAAACUAGUAUUUGUAAAUACUAUGAUAUGUGA